UUUUUUUACAUUCUCUACCACAUAGUUUUUAUUUUCAAUAAAUUUGUGCCAUGGGCUUUAGGAAAUAAAGCUCUUGUAUACUUUUUUGUUUGUUACAUAUUGAUACUUAUAGGAGUGUCAUGAUUUUCUUGCUGGGAAUGCUGUUCGAUCAAUGAAUCGCUACAGAGCUCUUGAUGAAACAGCAAUCUUUGGGCGAGGCUGUCGACAUGAGUUUCCUAAAAAAUUCUUAAAUUUGAAACAUGGAGAGAGAUUGAGCUAUGCAGUUUAUGUUCUCCAAGAAUUAGAGAAAGAUAAUGCUGAUAAUCCUGCACUCAAAAUAAACAUAUUGUAUGAUGUUGCAUGCAUGUUGGUGAAACACUUACAGGUUAAAUUUAGUCCCAGUCGUAAAGAAGGAUUUGGCCUAACUGACGGUGAGAUGUUGGAGAGAUUGUGGGCUUACAUUCGCAAAUUUAGCAGAAUGACUAAAGAAAUGCGUCCAAGUCACAGAGUUGAUGUACUCAGUGAUGCUCUUUUACAUUAUGGAAAGAAAACGAAGAUUAAUUUAGGCAAUUUGCUGAUGGGAAGGAUGAAGCGAGCUUUUGACGUGGAAGAAACUGCAAAAUCAGAUAUUGAAAAGUUAUGCAGGUGCUUUCCGUCUCACAGGAUUUCAAUAGAUGAUAUUCGUGAGUGGAUGAAAGACGAAUCGACUUUUUUUGGUCAUGAAGUUGAGACUGAAGAAGAAGAUUGGAAAUGCAAGUACGUUAUAUACCUGGACUUGUACGCUGAUCUUUAUCAUCGAUGGAAUGGUUGCACUGAUCCAAGUGAACUGACUGUUCGAUUUAAUCAGAUGAAAAAAAUUGACGAGCAGUUGAAGAUCAUGGAAAGGGAAAACUCAAUUUCUGCACGCUGGCAAAAUACUGACCCAGAGUACGAAAAUGCAAAACGCGAGGUUGCGUCUAGGAAAGAAAAACGUGUUUUGUCUCGGAUGAGGAAAAAUGUUGUUGAAAGAUGGUUUCUCCUAAAUCUUAAGUCUAAAUACUGUGAUGGUCAAGCGUUGGCAUCCAGACUUUCGAAGCAAAUUACUCGAGUAACAAAGGAUGUCAAUAAAGAUAUCGCAGCUUAUAACGAGGCAAAAGAAUCACAUUCUAAUCAUUCACAUACCGCAUUAACAUUUGAUGCUGUCAAAGAUCCUGACAAUGAUUUUUGGUGUGAAUAUCUAGCUGCACCUACUGAUGAAGAUUGUUCAGUUCCAUUUACUGUUAAACGGAAGGCUAUAGAUUUAUGCCAUUUGCUUGACCGAUCCAAGGAAGAGCAAAUCCUGUUGAAGUCAGAAAUGGAAAAUACGUGGAGUCACUACUUUCAACAGCACAGCAAGAUUACUGACUUUUUGAAUAGUUUUAUUAACCAUGAAAACGUACUUGAUGUUGAAUACGGUGAAGCGAUAUUUUUACACAGGAAGAUCUUUCAAAUUGAAAGCAUGUUGAUAAAUCUAGAAAAAAGGUUUUCUUUGUACAUCAACAAAGACAAACCACAGUAUUUAUUUCAUGGGAAUAUUGACAUGCUUCAAAGUGAUCUGGUGUCGCCUCUGGAUGACGAAGAAAAAGUGGUUGUAUAUGAACAAGUAGAUUCUGAAGACGAUCAAACAAGUGAAGACGACUAUGAAAGCACCAGCGAUGAUGUAUAACGGGGAUUGUGCAGGCACUUUAAGCUCUUGAAAAUCCUUUAAUUAGAAAAUCGAUUUACGUAAAGGGCACUUAAAAAGUUGUUACGAAAUCAUGUGUAAUAGCCGCCCAACGUACGUACGCUGGAUAAUAAAUGCGUUGAAAAAAACUUUUUGUUGAAUAAAUACUUGUUUAACUGUCGUAUGUAACUUUUUGGUAGUUAUACAAUGUAGUAUAUGGUGAAAAUGGAUGUUAUAUAUACAUGGGUAAUAGCCGCCCAACGUAUGUACGCUGGAUAAUAGAUGCGUUGAAAAAAACUUUUUGUUUAAUAAAUACUUGUUGAACUGUCAUAUGUAA